AUGUUCUCACUCUCCUCCGACGAAUCGUUCCAUUUUGAGCUUUUGCGGGCUCUGGCCUUGUCCCGUUACCAUGGCACAGACAUCAACGAAGUCCUCGUCGCUGCCUCAAAAAUUACCCCAGGAGAUUUCGAAUCUUUCUCCUCAGUUUUCACUGCCCUUGCAAGUCGCACACUUGAUCGAGCCAUUUCCCUUGACUCGAAAAAAUAUCAGGUCUCGGCACGAGAUGCCUUCUUCGCAGCCUCAUCUUAUUUCCGCUCCGCAGAUUUCUAUCUGCAUGGGAAUAAAUCUGACCCCAGAAUCGAUGAGCUUUGGAAGAAACAAACAUUUGCGUUCGAUCAGGCAAUUAGAUUAUUGCCUACUCCUGGAGAGAGGAAGCUGUUAAAAGCAGAUGGAUUUGAUGUUCCGCUGAUCUUCUAUGCGGCGGAAGGAGCAGGACGGAAACCGACAUUGAUCUUAGGGAACGGAUUUGAUGGCGCGCAAGAGGAGAUGUUGCAUUCGUGCGGCUUUGCAGCGUUAGAGAGAGGCUGGAAUGUAUGUACGUAUGAGGGACCAGGCCAGUGUACUGUGGUAAGAGACCAGGGAUUGGGGUUUAUUAAUGAGUGGGAGAAGGUCGUGUCGCCAGUUGUGGAUUAUCUCGAGACGCGAGAGGAUGUUGAUGUGAAGAAGGUGGGAUUGGUGGGAUUUUCGAUGGCGGGGUAUCUCUGUGUGAGAGCGGCGGCAUUUGAGCAUAGGUUUGCGGCGGUGAUGGCUGUUGAUGGGGUUUAUGAUGUUGGAGAGGCGUUUACGAAGAUGGCGGGCCCGUUGGUAAAGGUUGCGGAUGAGGGUGGUGAUGUGGAUUCGACGGCUAGAGAGUGGUUGAAAGAUCCAGGAGUUCCGUCAACAGUGAAAUGGGGAGUCGGACAUGGACUGUGGUCUUUCCAGACGGAUAGUGCAAUGGACUUCCUGGAACGGACGAAGAAGAUGACCCUGAAGGGUAUAGAGAGCAAGGUCCAGUGCCCAAUCUGGGUUGGUUUGGCUAAGGACGAUAUCUUUUUUGGCGGUCAGCCAGAGAAGAUGAAAGAGGUGUUUGGUGACCAGGCGACGUUGACUGAAUUAACAGCAGAAGACGGAGCAGGAGAACAUUGUCAUGUGGGUGCGUUUGCUUUCAUGAACCAAAAGGUCAUGGAUUGGUUUCAAGAUGUGAUUGAGAGGUCGUGA